GUGCGCUUUAAGAAAAAACCUUAAAAUAACAUUUCGACUAACAAACGGACAAACAAACAGUACCGCGCACUUGUGGCAAUAUGAGCUUCGCAUCUUAAAGUUUGCAACAAAUCAUAGUUACAAUAUCGUUGUUUUAACGUAUUUUUAGAUGAUUUACGUACGCGAAAUUUCGUAACUUUUCUGUUCCGACUAUCGGGGAAGUAGACGCGAAACAAUUUGUCGCAGGUUUGAAUCGCUGGAGUUUGUUUAACACCUUCUCGAUGGAAUACUAACUGUCUCUCGGCGGUGCAUAGUAAUUGUUCGUCCGAAGAAAAGUUAUAUAAUUUUCGUUUGUAAUUAUCUUUACGCCUCGUUUUUUCGUACGGAACAGAAAUUAACUUUGAAGUCGAAGAUUUUGUUUCUGGUGCAUGAUAGUGAUAUAAUAAUAACGGAAAAUAUUAUAACACAGUAGAAAAUUUGAAAUUGGCCUUUGUAUUGCGAUAUCACCGAAAUUAAGUCGAAGAGUGCUUGGCAGAUAAUUGUUGUUGAAAUUGUUUUCGAAGAAAAUUGUGUUUGUUUAUAAAUCUAAUUGGCUUGUGAAAUUGGAAAUAUUACAAUUGUCUUAUCAUUUUAUUCUGAAUAUAGAGUUUUACUGAUUAACGACGAGUAAUUAGUAGAACGCAACCAACAUAUUCGGAGCAUGGAUACCAGGAAAGGAUUAAAUUCAAAAUUAAUGCAGAUGAAUGAAACAUGGCAUAUACCCCGCCCAUCCCUAAGUGGAUCAUCAUCGGGCGAACACUCAUCGAACAGUAGUAGUAAAUCGCAUUCGAAUCCAUCAACAGUUAAUCGCAAUUCACGAUAUUUUCGUCAAGGAGGACAUACAAACUAUGCAUACGUUAGCACAUACGAUAUCUACUCAGAUCACAAUAAUGAUUAUGUGAGCAGAUAUCCACGAGGAUCGUAUGACCUUCCAGAACUUCAUAAUCAAAAUCCUAUUUAUCACACAACACAAUCAGCUGCUUCAGCGACGUCUAGUAGGCGAUCAAAAUCGAAUCAAGGACGAUCGAGCCCACCAAGUGCAAAUGCAGUUGGCGAAAAAAGAGGAUCAAGAUCGUCACGAGGAUCGACUGAUAGCAAUAGUAGUACACAUAGCGGAGCAUCUGAAUCACUCUUACUAACAGCGGCGAAUCUUGAACGUUUUGCUGCCAUCCAUAAAAAAAUGCCACUGCGCGAGAUUGAUCAUCACGAUAUAAAUUCUCAACAGAACUACGCAUCAAACUUUGUCGGAUCACCUGCACCAACUUCUGACAGAAAUCACGCUUUGGGUGCAGUGCCAAAAAGUCAUGAUCAUCAUCAUCAACAAAACCAUGAGCAAUCAUCGGCGUCACAAAAUGCGGACGCGAUAAUUGCAAUCGAUCCAAAUCUACAUUUCGUCAAAACCAAAGAUGUUGACUCCGUGUCAAUAGCCAGUUCAACCCAUUUCACAAUGGUCAAUGGAAUUGGAAGACCGCCACGUAAAACAAAGAGUGGUAUCUGCAGUCGAAGCCAUCAGAUUACCGUUCUCAUCCUUACCAUGAGCACGAUAUUCUUAAUAGGCAUCCUGUUCGCCGUUUAUCUUCUUGAAAUGCGAGCCCGAGGUAUGCCUCGAUAAGUAACAAUCAUCUCAGCGAAAUCCAUUCCAAAAUUAGCAAGUAAUGCAAAUAUUCUUCCCCAUUCCCAAAACACAUGCGCCUCACUCGUAUAUAUAUAAAUAUAAUUAUUUGUAAUUAUUUAGCACACAAAAAACAACGAAAACACAAGUAUUUUGACCAAAAGUACCUUUUGUGUGAAUUUUGACAGGAAGCAAAUAUAUAAUUGCUGCAGUGAAAACAUCUUAGCUAAAUUUACAUUUAUGUGCUUGUAUGUAUGUACGCAUUUUUCUCAAUGUCAAAACUUGCAUAAAACUAUUUUUUGUUAUGUAUUUAAUGAUUUAUGACAUAUAACUAAGCCAUGAUCAACAAAAAACUAUCUAGACAUUCGAAAUAAUCUAUUUAUUUUCUUCUUCUCGAAAUCAUUAAAUUAUUAAAUCAAUCAUGCAGUGAUUUUUAAGGUUAAACUAAUUCAGUCUCUCUAAUCUUUUCCUUUCUGUAAUUUAUUAUUGAAAAUAGUAAUUAGUAGCAGUUUUUCUACCAAAUUAUGUGAUCGAACAGUUAAUUGCAGUCUCAAACUUCAGUCCUCUCCAUAUUCAAUCAAUCUUCACAAUUGUAAAUACAAUAGUUUUAGAAAUUGUAAACCGACAAACUAACAAAUUAACAGAAAAGUUAAUAUUUACCUUUAAAAACAGAAGCCCAACAAACAUAUCUUUCGUACAUCAUAAAACUAAGUAUCUCCAACUUAUUGUACUUUACCCUCCUCUCAUAAUUCACCGUUUUUACUUUAAAACAAGAUAAAUAUUGAUAUUGAUUUAUUUUAUUAUGUUUUUAAUAGUUAUUAUGAUAUGAAUAAAAUAAUCCUCCGUCAAAAAUACAAGCGAUUGCAGUUUGAUGAAGGAUUAUUUUUUAAAGUAAAUACAUUUUAAGUAUUAUCCGUGUAUUAUGAGUUACAAGAAUGUGUUAUGAGAUAUACAACAAAUGUUUGUUAGUGAAGCAAACAAACUGAAUAAUAUAAAUAAAUUAAAAAUGAUAUAAUAAAACA